AUGCACCCUGAACAGUGUGGGUACUGUGCACCUAGUCAGUGUGGGUACAUAGAUGCACCCUGGUCAGUGUGGGUACAUGGUGCACCUAGUCAUUGUGAUUGCACAGUGCACCCUGAACAGUGUGGUACCAAGACAGAAUUCAGCAACAUGUUUGAACGUCCAAUACAGAAUGGCCAGUGUGUGGAUUCCACCCCACAAGAUAUGAAACUUAUGAGGUACCGGGCACAUGUGCUCCACUCCUUGCUCGAAGGUUUUGUCCAGAGACGAGGACACACGGUACUCGCCAACACACUGCCCAAGAAAGAAGAACAUGUGCUGCUGUGUAGGAUGACGGAGAUCCAGCGCAAACUAUACUCUACGUUUAUGACCGAGUUGGCCGCCACCAAGGCCAUGGCCAACCCUCUCAAGGCUUUUGCUAUCUGUUGUAAGAUAUGGAAUCAUCCUGAUGUCCUGUACAACUUUGUCCAGAAGAAAAUUAAUGAAGACUUUGAUUUGGAUUUGGACGAAGUUGAUGGGAAGUCCAAGUCUAGGAGAGCGUCUUCAAUCAGCACCCCAAACCAGUCUCUUCUCAAUGUUCCGUCACACCCCAUGCCCAGCUGGGCCUCUCCGGGACCCAUGAAUCGUAAUAUUCCGCAACAGUUGGGCUGGCGUCGGGUUGGGUAUGGGACAUCAAGUUGGUAUGGGUCCUCAACCUGGACUGGGGCAGAUGAACAUGAAUCACCAAAGUGCAAUGGGUCUUCAACAACCCACCAUGGGUUUCCAGGAUCCGAUGGGUCCGCCCAUGAUGCACCACAACAUGGGUCAGCUCCGAGACAACCAGGGCGGUCUGGCGACUACGGCAUGGGUGCUCACAACAUACACCAGGGCUACGGGAUGCAGAUGCCCUACCCGUGGUACAACCAGGGCUACGGUGCUAACGACCCCAGGUCUUACCCCCUCCAACAACCCCUAUGUCCCUCAGUACCCACAACACAAUACCCCUGUGAGUCAGAGUCUGCCGGCUACCCCGCUACGCACAACACCUCCAUGGGUAUGUCCCUCCCUAACCAGUCUAACCAAUCACUGGGACUGCCCAGCCCUUCUAGGCAGUCUAUGGGGCUAACAACACCCUCCGGGCAGCCCAUGGGAGUACACAACCAUUCGGGGCAGGCAUUAGGGCUGAGCAACCACUCGGGGCACUCUAUGGGGCUGCCUAACCCAGGUGAUCAGUCUAUGGGUGUUGGUAAUUCUUCUUGGGCAACCCAUGGGCAUGUCUAAUCACACUGGACAGUCCAUGGGAGUUCCAACUCUCUGAACAGUCGAUGGGAGUUUCCAAUCCCACAGGACAGCAAAUGACAGUUUCCAAUCCCACAGGACAGCAGUCAAUGUCAGUUCCAAAUUCAGCAGACCAGUCGAUGGGUAUUAACAGUUCUUCACGAGGAUCACUGGGUUUAUCCAAUCAGUCGGGACAGUCACUAGGAAUUUCCAAUCAGUCGGGACAGUCACUAGGCGUUUCCAAUCAGUCGGGACAGUCGCUGAGCCAGUCUAGCAAUAAUCAACAUGGAAUCAGUCUAUCCCAACGGAACAAACAGUCACGGAGCAA